AUGUCUGAUCCCGCCAAGUCUGCAGAGAGUGUUCAGCAAGUGGAGCGCCCUGAAGGUGUUGCAGAGAUGAAGACGAGCGCCGCUGUUGACACAGUCCACAAUGACGAGGCACUCAAGGUGCUCGAAGGCUACACCGGCGACUAUGAAUGGACAGAGAAAGAAGAGAAGAAACUCAGAAGAAAGAUAGACUGGAGAUUGAUGCCAGUGCUAUGCAUGACAUACGGUCUCCAGUAUUAUGACAAGGCCAUGCUUUCGCAGGCGGCUCUCUUCGGAUUGCGAACCGACUUGGACCUGACGGUCGGUGAUCGAUAUUCGAUGUCGGCCGCAAUUUUUUACCUUGGUUUCCUUGUCGGUGCCUAUCCGACUAUGAUUUUGGCCCAAAGAUUUCCAAUUGAGCGAGUCGCCUCGGUUAUUGUCACUCUUUGGGGUCUCACCUUGAUCCUUACGACUGUAUGCAGAAACUAUCGCGACCUUUACGCUCAGCGGUUCUGCCUCGGACUACUGGAGAGCGGCAUCAGCCCAAUGUUUAUGCUCAUUGUUGGAAGUUGUAUUUGGUACAGCUGCACGGGCUAUGUUUCGAUUUUCUCUCCACUGAUCAACUACGGUUUCGGCAAGCUCAACGGCGGAGUCUCUUCGUGGAGAUAUAUGUUCUACUUUGCCGGGUCGCUGACGAUUGUCUGGGGUCUUCUCCUGUACUUUGUCCUCCCUCCCGACCCCAUUCGCGCAAAGGGCUUCAACGACAGAGAAAGAUAUAUCUUGGUUGCCCGGUUGCGAAGCAAUAACUCGGGCGUGCGCAACACUCAUUACAAGAUGGAGCAGGUCGGCGAGCUCGGUCUUGACAUCAAGUUUUGGUUGGUUUUCGCCAUUGCAUUCCUCUGCAUGAUUGCAAAUGGACCCAUCUCGACAUUUGUUCCCAUCAUCAUCAACGGGUUUGGAUUCAGCACUCUCAAUUCCCUCUUGCUUACUAUGCCGGCGGGUGCAUAUGGAGGCACUGUACAACUCCUCAUGCCUUACCUGGCAUACAAGUUCAAGAACUGCCGCACUUGGAUUGUGUUUGGUGCUCAGAUGGGAACCACUCUCGCUGCCCUGUUGUUGUGGCUAUUGCCGCGGUCAGCCAAAGGUGCUCUUCUCUUUGCUGCCUACAUUUUGCCGUCAGUUGGAGGAGGAUAUGCCGUUCUUAUGGGCCUGCAGAUCGCCAACACUUCGGGCUACACCAAAAGGUCAAUUGCUUCGUCCGGCCUUUAUAUUGGGUACUGCCUUGGUAUGUCAAAUCUGUCUUCGGCUGCCCGGACUACAACUUCACGAUGGCUAAUUCUGCGAGCAGGUAACUUUGUCGGACCCUUGGUCUUUCGGAAGGAAGAUGCGCCCAAUUAUGCUCCUGGCUUCAUCGUUGUUGUGAUUACGUCUUUGGCUGCAGGAGUUCUCGGUCUUGUCUAUCGAUUUGUCUGCAUUUGGUACAACAAGAAGCGUGACAAGGCAGGCAUCAUGGAGGGCUUUGACCAUGCCUACGAGGACGAUCUCACCGACAUGAAGGUACGUUUACUUCGUGGCUCUCGAAAGAGUUCAAGUAUGCUGAUCAAGUGGCAGAACCCCCAGUUCAGAUAUAUCCUCUAG